AUGAAGUACCUUUCAGUUGACGAGAGACAACAGUUAGUCGGGGACUAUUUUGCCCCUCAGGGGCUGUAUGAGUACACGAAGAGCCUCCCAUUCCUCGGCCGUGUGAAGAGUGACAUCUCUACGUUGGUCGCUGGUGAAUGGACUGAGCUUAACCUAGACUAUGAGGUCGGCGCAUCGGGACUUGCAGAUGGCGCCUGGAUUAAAGCCACCUUCAAGUUCUACUCUGAUUGGGCUCUUUUCCAAACCUCAGAUCCCACCAAGGAAAACUAUGUGAGCGCUGAGUAUUUGCCCAAUGAACUUGUUAGUGGGCAGUCAGCUGCGACAGUUCAAUCGCUGGGAAUUCGUUUUGAUCAAAAGGGCCAUGAAAGGCCCUUCCAAAAAGCCGUCAUUGUGGAUGUUCAAGAUGGUUACCUCAACCCCGGUGAUCGUAUCCGUAUCCGACUUGGUGAUCGCCGCUUCGGUGGAAAGGUACGGCCUAAUGUACCAUUCGCAAUCCACGCCCACGCGGAGGAUAAAUGGGGAAACGUGACUCGCGACCUUCAAGACCUGACUUUCAGGUUAAAGGUAUCAACCGACGACUCUCAAGUACUAUUCGAAAGGGAGCUCUCAGAGUUGAAAUCGGGCUGGACGAAUGCCAUCUUUUCUGACAUCCAGCUGGCUGCUGAAGGAGACUACACAGUGGACAUCUCGCUGAACGCCAAAGACGGCCCCCUUCUGAAAUCCAGUAUUUCCCAUGUCAGUGUCUCCUCUGAUUUGAACGUGCCCAAGAUUCUGUUUGGUGAUCUGCACGUCCAUUCGGAUGAUACCGUUGGUACCGAGAACUCCGCCUACAACUUUUCCUACGGCCGAGAGAUUGCAGGUUUAGAUGUCCUUGGGUACACUGCAAAUGACUUUCAAAUAACGAAGGAUCACUGGGAUGCUACGAUAAACCUCAUCAAGUCCCUCAAUGAGUCCGGCAAAUUUGUCAUCUACCCUGGUACCGAGUGGUGUGGAAACUCCGCGGCCGGGGGAGAUCAUAAUGUGGUCUUCUUAGAAGAUCCCGAAGAAUAUCCGCCAGAGUUUCCCUAUGAUCGACACGGAAACGUUGCGCGCUCAUUCGAAUGGUCCGAGCACGGUCCAAAAGAUCUCGUGCCGGGAGCUUGGCCUCUGGAUGAGUUAUACGCUACUUAUGCUGGAGAUGCCGAAAAACACCUUCUUAUUCCUCACGUCGGAGGACGCCGAUGUAAUCUUUCCUGGCAUCAUCCUAACCUCGAGCGACUAGUCGAGAUUGGCAGUGCUUGGGGGCAAUUCGAGUGGCUCCUUCAGGAUGCUGUUCAGCGGGGAUGGAAGCUUGGAGUGUCUGCCAAUUCUGAUGAACACCGCGGCCGAUGUGGUGGAGGUGUUUCUGGCACUGCAGUCUUCGGAACCCGAGGAGGUUUAACGGGAAUUAUUUCACCUCGACUCGACCGAAGCACGGUAGCUAAGUCCUUGAGAUCGAGGCAUACCUUUGCAACUACCGGACAGCGUCUGGUAGGUCUUGCUUCUGCUAGAACCAAAGACGGAAUUGCUUUACAGGGCGAUGAGAUUGACGUUUCUUCCAACGAGAAUUUGGACCUGGAUUAUCACUUCCUCGGUGAAAAAGGCUUCUCGUCCAUCGAGGCGUUCGAUGCAUCUGGUCUGAUCUGGAGCCGUCGGCUUUGGUCCGAGGGUCAAACCAGCCUGCCAUCCAUAUUGAGAAUCACAUGGGGAGGAGCAAGGCUGUAUGACCGCUAUCGGGAGGCCGUUUGGAACGGCCAAAUCACACUUUCCCAGGAUGCUGCGGUGGAAAGGGUACUCCCCUUCGGUGGAUUUGAAGACAACCCAGAGGAUUUUGCUCGAGUUUCUGGAAACAAUACAGUGGAAUUUUCGAGCAAAACUAGCGGUGACAUUGAUGGUGUGAACAUCUACCUCAAAAGCAACGAGACACCAUCUACAAUAACGAUCUCUGGCUCGCUUGGUGGGUACGUCAAAGUCGGAAAUCCAUUGUCUGGAAACCCACACAAGCCUCAACCGAGCUUCAACAUUGAAGCAACUUGGGAGGAAGUCUCGACUGUCUCUGAUGGAAAAUACGUUGACAUCCGAGGUGGUGCGGGUCUUUUUGUUCGAAUUGAAGCCGUGCCAGACCUCAAUCUGCCUCGGCGAGUGAAAGGAACUCUCUCGCUUCCUCCCAACUCUCAAGAGUCCCGCUCUGUCUAUUUAGUGGGCCGAGAAUGGAGUAGUGAGAAAGUCAUUACGAGCCCACUGUUUAUUAACUAUAAGUAG